UGUGCUCGUGUUGAAAUUAAUUAUUGUUAUUAGAUGGUCGCUGUCAUUUGUUGCCAUUAACGAGUCUUGGCUCCGAUCGCUUGCUUGUGCUGAUAUUCGUACUUCCGUGGAAUAGUUUUGUGUUUUGUAAAUAUUUCGAUAAAAAUGGUGAUUCACAAUAUUCAAAUUGGACUCGAGAGCAUGGUACCAGAUUUGAAUGUACCAAAUGGAGUGAAAGAGGAGCGCAAGGGCAAUGUCACUUAUGCCAUAGACGACUUGCCACCCUGGUAUCUCUGCAUAUUCAUGGCAUUACAGCAUUAUUUGACAAUGAUCGGAGCAAUCGUGGCCAUCCCAUUCAUUCUUUGUCCCGCACUUUGUAUGGCGGAGACAGAUCCUGACCGCUCAAACAUAAUAUCUACGAUGAUAUUUGUUACAGGUCUUAUAACGUGGCUGCAAACGACUUUCGGCUGUCGAUUGCCAAUAGUACAAGGUGGAACGAUAUCGUUCCUAGUGCCAACGUUGGCUAUCCUCGGUUUACCAACGUGGAAGUGUCCUGCUCCUGACAUACUAGAAACUAUGAACGUCGAAGAGAGGCGAUCUAUCUGGACAAUCAGGAUGUGUGAGCUGUCUGGCGCUAUUGCCGUGGCAUCGCUCUUUCAAGUCAUUGGAGGUUACUUCGGUAUAAUAGGUUCUCUGCUUCGCUUCGUGACGCCACUGACUAUUGCACCGACGGUCGCGCUGGUUGGACUGACGCUAUUUGACCACGCGGCGGAGGCGGCCUCACAACAGUGGGGCAUAGCAGCGGGGACAUUCAUUCUGCUAACAAUUUUCUCUCAAUGCAUGGGCGAAGUGAAGAUCCCAAUACUCGUAUGGAAACGUGGCGUUGGAUGCACGAUCACUUGGUUUUCACUCUUUAAGCUUUUCCCAGUUUUGUUAACAAUAGUGAUAAUGUGGGUUGUUUGCGGAAUUCUAACUGUUUCGGGAGCGCUGGAUGCGGAUCACCCCGCACGUACCGACAUCAAGCUUAACAUCAUAGAGCAGGCGCCAUGGUUCAGGGUUCCUUACCCAGGUCAAUGGGGAGUGCCUACUGUGAGCGUGGCUGGAGUGCUGGGCAUGCUUGCUGGCGUGCUUGCCUGUACCGUCGAGUCAAUUAGCUAUUAUCCAACCACUGCAAGGAUGUGCGCGGCUCCACCUCCCCCGCUACAUGCUAUCAAUCGUGGUUUGGGCACGGAGGGUUUCGGCACGCUCCUGGCGGGCUUAUGGGGCGCAGGCAAUGGUACCAAUACUUUCGGAGAGAACGUUGGUGCUAUAGGCGUAACGAAGGUGGGGUCACGGCGUGUGGUGCAGUGGGCAGCGGCAUUGAUGGUGCUGCAGGGUGUAAUCGGAAAACUCGGCGCUGUAUUCAUACUUAUUCCGCAGCCCAUCGUUGGUGGUCUGUUCUGCGUCAUGUUCGGCAUGAUCGCCGCGUUUGGUCUUUCCGCGCUACAGUACGUAGACUUGAACAGCUCCAGAAACUUAUAUAUCAUAGGAUUCAGUUUGUUCUUCCCGUUGGUACUGACACGUUGGAUGUCAGCUCACAGUGGAGUCAUUCAGACUGGCUUUGAAGCUCUGGAUGCUGUUUUACAGGUGUUGCUGUCAACAUCCAUCCUCGUGGGAGGGUUGGUUGGGUGUCUUCUAGACAAUUUGAUUCCCGGCACCGUUGAAGAGAGAGGCCUUGAGGCUUGGGCGAAGGAAAUGUCUCUGGAAUGUGUGCAGACGGAGGGUGGCGACACCUACGAUUUCCCUAUCGGCAUGAAGUAUAUACGCAGAUGGAAUUGGCCGAGCUAUCUGCCUUUCAUGCCGACAUACGAACAAGGAAAAUUCACAGCGCUCUUCACUAGAAAGAAGGAGUUAUGAGAUUGAUUAUAAUUCUCAAUAAUUUUAUAUACUAAAUAAUAAUUUCGGUUCGAAAUCUCAAAGUACUGAAUAAAGCUUGUGCCACCAUGUGUUAAUCAUAAAACUAUAAUUAUAGAAGUCAUAUUAACGUGUAUUUAUUGUUAAUAUAUUGAUCACUUUUAAUUUUAGCCAGUACGCCUUAUCUGUAACAACAAACUCGAAACCCACCGCAGAAAGCGGUCGUGAAAUGUCAGAAAGUGAUACGCGACAUUAACCAUAAUAUAAUAAUAACAUUUCAAGAAUACCCGCAUCAAAAUAGUUUAUCACUAUAAGUCGGCUGUCAACGUUUCAUGUGUGAGUAACGAAGUGAGUUCUUAUAGAAGCACUGAUAAUGUCAGAGAGUUUAUACGACGAGAAUGUCGUAUUAAAUCAGGAUUUUUUUUCAUCUCGAAUCAGCGUGCUGUGUAUGUGUAUGUAAGGAAGUUUGAAAACUUAGUAUGCUUAUAAGAUUAACGGUUUCCAACUACAAAAUUUCUUUCCUAACUUAAAGUUACCUUAAUUGAUAACAAAUAACGAUAAGAACAAUUUGUUUAUUUUAAAUUUAAAUAGGUUUUCUGUAUCCUGAGCUCUUUUAACUUACAUAUACCAUACAUAUUCGAACCAUUCCUUGCUGUUACAUAUGUUUUUUUUAAAUUCAAAUGUAAUUUUACAUAUACUUAUGUACAAGAAGAUGUUCAUUCUAUACUUUAUGUAUGUGUUGUAUAAUAUAUAUA